CGGGCUGAUGUCACGCGGGCUGGAGUGAAGGCACGGACGAAAGAGACGCCGCUCUUUAGCGUUGUUGUCUGCGUUCCUCCUUCCUUUUUACUAUCGCCCCAAAUGUUAAUUAUUUCCCCGCCCGCGUCGUCCUCGUUGCACAUGCGCUCCUGCUGCUCGCCCUCCCUUUCGGAGACUCGGGAGCCUUGGCCAGGGUGGGAGGCGCGCGGGUGCGCGCGCCGUCAAGCGAGGCUCAACAGUUCGUCUGUUGAAGGAGGCGGCGGUUUGGAACGCGCGCGCACGCGACCGAGCGAGGGCCUGCUGUUGCUGUUGCCGUUGCUGUGUGCGAGGGACAGAGGCGGCGCCUGGGGAACCGUCUCGGGCGGUAUACACAGUAUCAGCAUCGUCCCGCCUUGGGGGAAACUGAGACACAGGCCCAUUCAACGGGAAGCUGAAGAGGGGGACAAAAAAGAAGGGAAGGGCACGGGGUGGGGGUUGGAGUGUAGCGGCUUUCUAUUCCAGCCUCUUAUUGCAUCUCUGCCCUGCGGCUCAUUCGACCCUUGGACUACUGAUCGUUAAACACUUGGUUUUUCUUCUUUUUUUUUAGCAGAGGGGCUUGUUCUUGUCCCCAACGCUAUCGCUUUCUUCUCCCCCCCCCUUUUUUUGUAUUGAAGUAUUUUGGGGAAACAAAGGAAAAUUGCCCUCUCAGAGUUGUUACUCCCGUGUCCUGCACCUCAAACCCUUCAAGAUGGGCUGCACCCUGAGCGCAGAGGACAAGGCGGCGGUGGAACGGAGUAAGAUGAUCGACAGAAACCUGAGGGAGGAUGGCGAGAAAGCGGCCAGAGAAGUAAAGCUGCUGCUCUUGGGAGCUGGUGAAUCAGGAAAAAGCACAAUUGUCAAACAAAUGAAGAUUAUUCAUGAAGCUGGUUAUUCAGAAGAAGAAUGUAAACAGUACAAAGCUGUUGUCUACAGUAAUACAAUUCAAUCCAUUAUUGCUAUCAUUAGAGCAAUGGGGAGAUUGAAGAUAGAUUUUGGGGAUUCUACCAGAGCUGAUGAUGCUCGUCAACUCUUUGUUUUAGCUGGAGCAGCAGAGGAAGGAUUUAUGACAGCAGAACUUGCUGGUGUUAUCAAGAGACUGUGGAAAGACAGUGGUGUUCAAGCUUGUUUCAACAGAUCAAGAGAGUAUCAGCUUAAUGAUUCAGCAGCAUACUACUUGAAUGACUUGGACAGGAUAGCCCAGACUAGCUAUAUCCCAACACAGCAGGAUGUCCUCAGGACUAGAGUGAAAACUACAGGAAUAGUGGAAACUCAUUUUACUUUCAAAGAUCUCCAUUUUAAGAUGUUUGAUGUUGGGGGUCAAAGAUCGGAACGGAAAAAAUGGAUUCACUGCUUUGAGGGAGUUACAGCCAUAAUUUUUUGUGUCGCACUCAGUGAUUAUGAUUUAGUUCUUGCUGAAGAUGAGGAAAUGAAUAGGAUGCACGAAAGCAUGAAAUUAUUUGACAGCAUCUGCAACAAUAAAUGGUUUACAGACACCUCUAUUAUCCUCUUUUUAAAUAAGAAGGAUCUCUUUGAAGAAAAAAUCAAAAGGAGCCCCCUCACUAUUUGCUACCCAGAAUAUCCAGGGUCAAAUACUUAUGAAGAGGCAGCUGCAUAUAUCCAGUGUCAAUUUGAGGACCUGAACAAGAGAAAAGACACAAAGGAAAUUUAUACUCACUUCACAUGUGCCACAGAUACUAAGAAUGUGCAGUUUGUCUUUGAUGCUGUGACUGAUGUUAUCAUAAAGAAUAACCUGAAAGACUGUGGCUUGUUCUAAACAGUUACAUCAGAUUGUACUUUUUUUUUACAUUAACCAAAUAAAUUGCAACCUUUUUAAAGAGCAUCAGUAUGUUUAUGAAUUAUGUCAGACUAGGUCAUAUUCAGACUAGACACAUGGAAAUCAAUGGACUUAAAUUCAUUGGUUUCAGUGGGCCUUCUCUGAGUAGAACUAACAUUCGCUAUCACUCUGUGUUUUUUUUUAAUGUAAUCUGACUUCUGGUCUUGGUUAGGUUGCAUCAUAAAAUUCAAAUUUACUGGUUUAUGUGGUAAUAGAUGAAAAAGCAAUGACCAGACCAAUAUAGUACUUGCUUCUUUAAACAGUUUUAUUUAUGUUUGUUGUAUAGAUUUAAAUAAUGUUGGGCAAUGGUCAACAUAAUGAUUGUCUGUUUACUUGUCACUAUAUGUUGUUUAUAUGAACAUUGAACAAAUAUUUUAAUAACUUGAUGCAUCCUGUAGCAUUUUCAUGUUUUAAGAGCUGCUUUUUCUGUAGGACAAAAAUAUUUUGUCUUUUAGUUUUUACCUUUUACGUUUAGAUCCUUUUAUUUAAACAGAUCCUUUUUUAAAAAAAAUCUUAAUUUUCCAUAUAAUGCAUGUGGCAUAGUUUUUCUUAGAUUUUAUUUAUAGAUCUGUAAUUAGUAUAGCAGGCUUUUUAUUGGAUAGAGGAUCCUUUACAUAUACUCAGGAUUAAAUGGGAAAUGCCCCAAUAAUUUUCCCUGAGCUCAUUUCUCCCAAACUUUAAGAGAACCUUUUUUGAACAUUCCAAAUUUACAGCAAACAAACCAUUCUCCAAUAUUGUAUUCAUCUUAUGUUAGAUAUUUGAACAGGAGCUGGAGAACUCUUGCUGUGAUUCAGCAUGCAGAACCAAGAUCCUCAGAAAGUGCAUGCCCUAUACAUUCUAGAUUUCCAUUUGUCAAAGCUAAUGGCAUAACACUGAGAGUCUCUCCCUUGAUACUAGGCUAUUUUGUAGCUAUUGGGUAUUUGUUUUGUUCUUUUUAGCUUGUGAGCAUCUAUGAUGAGACAUGCUAAAAGAAAAGGUCUUUGAAUUAAAGUCAAGGGAUAGAAAUGGACAGAACAAAUUCUUGCAGUCUUACCUCUGUAGAUUUUCGUUGCCUUUUCUCAGGGGAAUGACCUUCUGCUUUUAACUUGUGUUCCAUUCAAGUUUAAUGCUAACAUUUUAAACAUGAAGAAUUGUUCACUCAGAGCAGUGGGCACACUAUCCAUUGUUAUUUAAAUACAUAUGCAAAUAGGUUUUAUGGCACCCUUUCAGAACAAAUAUUGUCCAAGGAGUAUCAACUGUCAGAGUAACUUAAAUGUUAUUAGUAACACAGUUACUAGGAUCCAAAGAGGCCCAUACAUGGGUGCAAAGCACAUCCAUCCACACAUGCGGACAAGAUAUGGCAGAUAUUUUUCCCCAAUUUUGGCAACAGGUUCCUUAUUUGCAGGUGCUGUUUUGGAGAGCCUCUGAUCUUCAGAGUUACUUUUGUGGGGCACAGAGUGCUGCUGCUAGAAGGGAGAAGCUGAAAAGUCCCCAUAUACAUGUGGGUCACUGCACAUGGAGCUUUGGAUUCUGGCUGUGUAGAUUCCAUUGACGUUUUCUCAUCACUUAGCUUACCAUUCCCAAUCUUGAAGAGACAAACCACUUACUAAACAGUGGGUUGCCUCUUCAACAAUGGGAGCUGCUGCAGGCAAAAUGCCUCAAAAAGAGUUUCAACUUAUGCCCUAUUGAUACGUAAAAAGUUACUUUCAAUUGCAGCUGUGUUUUGCAUUGCCUUAUGCCAUAAGGCUUGUGGUAAUGCCAAUAAAGAUUUUUAAAUACAUAUGAACAUGAAAUAAGGGACUUUGUAAAUACAUUUUCACUUGGCUUUCUUUAUCAUUCUCUCACCUAAAAUAUUAAUGUAACCAAGUUCCAAAUACUGCUUUCUUUUGGUAUGUUGGUGAACUUCCUACAGAAAAUGUUUUAUUUUCUCUCUACUCCCCUUCCCUUUUCUAAAGCAAACUUAACUCCUCUGAACCUGUUUGGUAUUAUAUUUGGAAGUGUCAGGUCCAAGCAUAACAACAUCUCUACUGUUUUUCAAUCUCUGUCUAAAUUGUCACAGUGCUAUUGCCAUCCAUAUCCUAUGAAUCUGGGAAAUAUUUAAAUUAUCAGUAUUAAUCCUAUUUGCAUCCUGCCCUUCCUCUAAGAAACUCAGAGCAGUGUGCAUGUGCUUGAAAGCACAAGUUUACUAAAGUUAAAAAUGCCAGUUAUCAUUAUUACUGGAAAUUGGUGGAACAAGUCUAAAUAGACUUAAAGUAUUAGCACCAAAACAUGGUUUAUGACUCUGACAGUUGUGUAUUAUAGUGCUUUUCAUUUAAUUCUGUCACUGAAGUAUUUGGUAGUAAAUGUAUCUAUAUCCUUAAGAUUAGAUUUUGUAUAUUACUGCAGUUUUUUUAAAGCAAGAAAAUUAAACUACAAGAAUAUUUCAAUCUAAGUUAUUUGUGCCUUGUCUGAAAGAAAUAUUUUUUCAUUGAACACAACUGGUGAAAAGCCUUCUGUAAGCAUAAGUGAAGUGCAAACAAAAUAAAAGUUUG